CCAUGGUGAUGGAUGCGGGGCCCGGGGCUGUCGGGCGGCGAAUGGCCAUCAAUCCAGGAAGCGAUACAUCUUUCUCCAGCCAGAAAACAGAAACUGCUCGAACCAAAAAAUGCCCACCCACUGAAGAGGAGAUAUUUUACAAGAAUUGUAGAGCUGCCUACUUAACUGUUUUCAAAAGCAGUUUAGAAAACAUUGUUUCUAAAGAUCAACUUUCUUUAGCUCUUCAGUACGCAGGAAGGAACCCAUCCCAGAAGACCAUCAAUAAGUACUGGACCCCUCAAACUGCCAAACUGAAUUUUGAUGAUUUUUGUGUAAUUUUAAGAAAUGAAAAGCCUGUUUCAAAAGCAGAGCUGCUGAAUUCAUUUAAGCAACUUGAUGUCACUGAUGAUGGCUUUAUAUCCCACGCUGAUCUUUAUAAAUUCCUCACGAAGAGAGGUGAGAGGAUGACUCGAGAAGAAGUCAAUGCCAUAAUAAGUUUAGAUGAUGUAAAUGCUGAUGGGAGAUUUGACUACCUCAAGUUUUGUAAAUUAUAUAUGACAACCAAUGAGCAAUGUCUCAAAACUGCCUUAGAAAAACUGGAGGUUGACAGUAAACUGAGACGGCAACAGUUUGGAAGCCGCAAGGAAGGGUCCCCUGAAAGCCACCCAUUGCCAGGACCCAAACCGUCACCUGGAAUCAUAAGAAAGACUGACCAGGAACCACCUUCAAAUAAAGGUGACACCAGGAAUUCUUUAUUGGAAACAACUGUAAAGUUCAAAUCAUCUGUUUCCUUCAUAAUUACCAUGGGUGUAACGAGCAACCGAAAUUCAAAAUUAACUGAGCCAAACUCAAUAAAGGAGUGGCAACGUGUACAAUCCAAAGGUUGCUUUUUUGUGGAAGAAGAUGGUGAAAUUGUGAAUCAUCAAUACAAGAUGCAUAUAGCUCAGAGAUCCAUGGUUUAUCUAACUAUUAAGCCAUUAAACAUGAGUCAAGUCGAAGGAAAACCAUCUCCUUGGUUAUCAGUCGACACAGCUAUGUAUAUUCUUAAGGAAAAUGAAAAUCAAGCAAAUCUGCAGCUCAUGGGUUUUACUGAACUACGAAAUAGAGAAGUGUUUGGGUGGACUGGUGAACUAGGGCCUGGAAUUUACUGGUUAAUUCCUUCCACAACUGGCUGUAGGCUGAGGAGAGACGUCAAGCCCAUAGCAGAAGAAGCCCAGCUCGUAGGUAGAGAUGACACUGGGGAAUUAUUUCUCACAAAGGAGUUUAGGUCAGCUUUAUCAGAUAUAUUUGAUAUUAUGGAUUUAGAUGGGAAUGGUCUUCUCAGCCUUGAAGAAUACAAUUUUUUCGAACUGAGAACAAGCGGUGAGAAGUGUGAUGAGGACGCCUGGGCCGUGUGCAGAGAGAAUUUUGAAACAAAGAAGAAUGAGCUAACAAAACAGGGCUUCAUGGAUCUGAAUCUGAUGGAGGCCAAUGACCAACAAGGAGAUCCUGCUGACCUGUGGGUCACUCUGCACUCGAUGGGCUACAACAAAGCGCUGGAGCUGACAGAGGCAUGCCCGUUUGUUAUCGAAGUAUACGCAGACAAGUCCAAACCAAGAAUGAAAGCUGUGCAAAUGGAGGCCUGCAGUGGGCAGCUUGAGAAGGCCAUUUGUAAGUCUGUCCUUAGCAAAGGCGAGGCCAAAGCAAUGGAUGGCUAUGACAAUAUCAUCGUGCAUACUUACAAGCACGACAACUGGAUCACAUCAGUGAUUGAAAACAAGUCUGACAAUAAAGCGAUUAUUCACAUCAACAACGAGCAGAGUAAAAACUGCGUCAACAACCGAGGUCUCAACAUAUUCGCCGUGGAAGUGGCGAACAAGUCCGCAAUGGUCUGCCAGCACGUGAUGCCCCUGGAUGAGCGGCAGGAGGGGCUGAGCCACUGCGUCUAUUCCCUCGUGUCCUGACACCCUUCCUGCACCCCCGACUCCACCUGGGACCGGCCAACUCUGAAGAAUGAUUUCUUGUUUGAGUCUCUUUAUUUUUUGUUCAUCAGCCAGAUGCUAAUCAAUUUAACUGAUGUACAUACACCAUGAUUGAUUUACCAUUUAUAUUUUCUCUGUUCACGUGCUUUAUUAUUAAAAUA